GAAAAUAUCGAUGUCGUUGGGAUCGAUUAGUUCACCCUGAGAAUCAUUCUACGCUCCGCUGAUCGAGCCUGAAAAAGCGGGAUUGUUGUCAUCGAGCACUGCAGCUCUUCUUCUGGUCGUCCUCCUCGAAGCAUGCGGCAAAGAAAAGCUCCCCCAAAACACCUAAAGGUCGUCAUCGAACAGCGCCGCCACCGCCUGCAUCAUGACCGAGAGAACCAACAAGGACAAACUCACACGCAGUGGGCCGUUGUCCAGGAGCAAGAAGAAAGACCGCGUCCAAGCCACCUCGUCUCCGAUCACCUCGUUCUUCAACAGCCGGCCUCCGCCUAAGGUGGCUUGCCCCCUCUGUGGCCACUUUGUACCGAGGUUCAAGAUCAAUGAGCACAUUGAUUUGCAAUGUCAGAACUUUGAGAGGGGAGACAGUAGUGCCGCCUCAGCGGGUAAUAGUGUUGCACCAAGCAGCCAGCUGUCACCCAGCAGGAAUCCCCCAAAACCCACAAAGAAUCAAGAGGCGCUCAAAGAGACGAAGACCAGCCCGUAUUUCAAAAAGAAUAACUCUGAGCAGGCACCACGGGAGGCUGAGAGUACAAGUGGGGUCAGGAAGAACUUGGGAAGUCUUUCCUCCAAGUUAUCUUCAAAAUGUCCUACGGUACCUGAGAGGACACCUACAGAAGACAAACAUUCCCUGUCGAGUCCUGAAAUGAAGACAUAUUCUUCUGAGGCGCUCGGGAGCUCACAGAAGGAAAAUCUUCAGAGUUUAGAAGACAACAAAGAUUGUGUGACAGUUAUUGACCUUACAGAAACUGCCGUGGAAGAUUCGUCAUGUUCAGUUGAAGGACCUGACCUCAAAAGGAAAGCAUCUAAAUUAGAGACCGUCACGAAAUUGCCCUCGUCUUCUUCCAAACUCUCAAAGAGAAAGAAGGAAACUUCCGCUGGCAAGAAGGAAAAGAAAGCAAAGUAUGAGCACAGCAGCGGGGAGUCGCAUGAGGUGUUAUCGGGUGAAAGCGUAGCAGAGACGCCUGAUGCGGACCGGCUAAAGGCGGAGGCGCCUUCUCGCACCGCCUGGGACGGACAUUUGAGUUCAGAGGACACGUGCAAGAGAGGUGCAGCAGCAGCAGCAGCAGCAGCAGCAGCAGCUAUUAAUCGUGAUUCGCAGGCCGAGUCCGGUCACGAGAACGCCGCUGGUGGCGAAACGGAGAGCUCUCGGCCGCCCCAGCUUCCCUACUACCUCCGUAACUUCAAGAGCGUACUGCAAGCGGUGCUGGAGAAUGACGACGACAGGUCACUGUUCAACCAGGAGGAUCUGUCACUCGUGCAGGCAUUUGAGAAGCUCUCAGUCAUGGGGCAGAAGCUGUAUGUGAGACUAUUUCAGCGGAAACUGAAGUGGCUCCAAGUAAAUAAACUGGAUUAUGAACAGAUAUCCAGUGAUCUGGCGCCUGUUGCUGAGGAGCUGGUCCAAGGCGGUUUCCUGCAGGCAGAGAGUGACCUUCAGGAUUUGGGGGAGGCUCUGGAUCUCCUGCCGGCUCCUGAGCUCAAAACUCUGGCUAAGACUUUCCAUUUGGGCAAUUCUGGGACUCAGAAGCAGCAGCUGGUGGACGGACUCCUCCGUCUGAGCAGGCAAAAGUGCCUCUUCUCUCUGACCCCCAACAUCGGGCCUGUCAUCCUCAAACGAGCAAAGCAGCUCGCCAGUUCCUGUGUGCGCCUGUGUCGCGGCCCUCGAGCCGUCUUUUCUCGAAUCCUGCUCCUCUUCUCCCUGACGGACACCAUGGAUGAAGAGGAGAUGGCGGCCGGUGGGCAGAGCCAGCUCUUCACCAUCCUGCUGGUCAACUCGGGACGCCUGGCCUUCCCGGACUACACGGUGCAGCGUGAAGCCAAGGUGUUCCAGGACAGAGACGAUCUCAUCAGGUACGAAGCAUCGAUGCGAGCUCUGCAAGAAGUAGUCUCAGCUAUGCAGGGAGGUCAGUGGGAAGAAGCCAUGGAGCUUUACGCCGCUGCGAAAAAGAUCUGGCAGGAGUUGAGGAGAAACCACGACCUCAGUCCCCAGGAGGAGCUGCCUGUGUUCCUGCGCAGCUUCACGACCGGCUGGGCUUACACCCGGAUCUUAUCUAGAGUGGUGGAGAUCUUGCAAAGGCUACGUCAUUACGAGGAAGCAGUGGAGGAGCUGCGGGGUUUACUGUCGCAGUCUGUUUACUGUCCUGACAGCCGAGGGCGAUGGUGGGACAGACUGGCACUAAACCUUCACCAGCACCUAAAAAAACCUGAGCAAGCUAUUUGUGCUAUCAGAGAAGGGCUGUCGGACCCUCUCGUGCGAACUGGACAUAAACUUUCUCUACACCAGAGAGCUGUUAGGAUGAACGAGUCCGCGAGCAUGAAGAAGUAUCGCCUUCAACUUAAAGACCUGCCCGCUAUCCAAGUCCAAGAUGUCACGCAUGUGACCAUCCGGGGACAGCUGUUCCCCCAUGAGGGGGGCACGGGGAAAUCCAAGUUUCUUUUACCAGCAAAUGAAGGGGACGAGAGUGCCGAGGCCACCGUAAUAUGCUCCGUGGAGGAGCUGUCUUUAGCACAUUACCACCAACAAGGCUUUGACCAAGGGAUCCAUGGAGAGGGCUCAACGUUCUCAACAUUGUUUGGUCUUCUGCUUUGGGACAUCAUUUUUAUGGAGGGCAUUCCAGAUGUUUUCAGGAAUUCUUACCAGACAUGUCCUCUGGAUCUUUACACUGACCGUUUCUAUGAGAACAGAAAAGAAGCAAUUGACACUCGUGUGCGGCUGCUUAGUGAGUCCUCAGUGGAGACUCUGCAUGACAUGUUGGAAGAUGUUUGGACCUCCCAGGAGGGCAAAGUGUGUUCCCUGGUCAGCUGGGAGCGUUUCGCAUCACUUCAACAGGCAAAGUCUCUCGUGUCCUGCCUGGGUGGAGCUUUCUUAGGAGGGAUAAUAAGACGAAUGUCCAAAGACUACAGACACUGCCGCGGGGGUUUGCCUGAUCUGGUGGUGUGGAACGCCUCAAACAACAGCUACAAGCUGGUAGAGGUGAAGGGGCCCACUGACCGGCUUUCACAGAAACAGCAAAUAUGGCUGGAUGAGCUGAAGAAGCUGGGGGCGGACGUGGAGGUGUGUCACGUGACGGCAACUGGAGCCAGAGGAGCUCGUCUGGAAUGAACGGACACGGACAGAUCUGGGAACCUUGGGAUUCAGUGUUAUUUUGAACAUUUGUUGAUUUUUACAUCAACAACUCUAUUUAUAUUCCAUCUAUCAUACAUUUAAUCCUACUUAAAUAUAGGCAGUCUCGUGGCAGGGAUUCUGCCUUGCGAUGCGUGGGAUUAACAUCAGGAAAAACAUUGCCUUCAACAGGGAGAAAUGCAUUCUUAGAUGAAGAUCAAAAAUAACUUGCCUACAGGUAAUUCAGAGCUGAUGCAUGACAGGAUGUACUACUAACAUCAACACCAAAGGCAUGGUGUUUCUCUUUUCUUUAGCAACGCUAUAAUCUCAGGAUCUCAGGUUGCCAAGCAACCAAUAUUCACAUUUUGCUUAUACAUUUUGCUUAUAAAUUUUAUGACAGCUCUACAAGUGUGGUAAUUACUGUGAUAUUAUGGCGAUAAAAAAAAUCCUUCUUUGCCUCUGCUCUACCAGAAAGUUAAAAAUAACUGGGUUGUAAUCAAUGAAAACUGUCAUAAUGCACACACUUGCUGGUUGUUCUUGCCUCUAGCGUUAAUUGAUUAAUUGCUGGGUACAUAAAUGUCAGAAAAUGUUGAGGAUUGCAGUGUUCCAUAGCUAAAGUUGUUAUUAUCCCAUUUGUGCUUCUUUUGGUGCAAAAAAACGGUGCAAAAUAACGGUCCAAAACCCAAAUUAUUCAGCUUAACACAACAGCCACCACAUUGGACAAAGAGAGGGAGCACAUCCUCACCGAAAGGGAGCCAAAACCUUGGACUGUUUUGGCUUUUUAAGACCCAAAAAAUAAAAUGAGAAACAACCGGUUUACCAACUGUUAUCUUAAAAAAUGUAAAAUGCAAUGUUUUAACUGUCUUUAAAUGUAAAAUAAUAAAAUAAAACGGAUG